GACCUUUUCAAGUCUCCAAGAAACUGGAAAAUCCUCACCAAUUUUCUACAAAUGGAAUGUACAUUCUUUGCUUAUCUUCCCUCAUCACAUAUGAGCUCUUCUUUCUUUUUAUGCCUCUUGCUCAUCGUAUCUGUCAUAUGCUCUCCUGUUUCAGCUUCACAUUCAGUGACGUGGACCUAUGGAGUAAACUACGGCAGGAUAGCGAACAAUCUACCGGCACCGGAGAGUGUGGUGACGCUUCUAAAAGCCGCGAAGAUAAACCACAUUCGAAUCUACGACGCCGAUCACGGAGUUCUCCAGGCCUUCAAAGGGUCCGGUAUAGAAAUCAUAAUCUGUCUCCCCAAUGAGCUCUUGACAGAAAUGAGUAUGGGAGAGGACCGUGCCAUGAAUUGGGUGAAAGAAAACGUGCAGGCAUUCCUUCCCGGAACCCGAAUCCGAGGAAUAGCCAUCGGCAACGAGAUAUUAGGAGGGACAACUAUGCAACUUUGGGAGGCCUUAUUGCCAGCAGCAAAGAAUAUUUAUAUUGCUCUGUACAGAUUGGGACUACAUCGUACAAUUGAGGUUUCAAGUCCACAUUCAGAGGCUGUGUUUGCCAAUUCUUUCCCACCAUCGGCCUGCAUCUUCCGACCCGAUGUCGCGCCGUUUAUGAAGCCGCUUCUCGAGUUCUUCUCACAGAUCGGCUCACCGUUUUACAUAAAUGCCUAUCCAUUUCUAGCCUACAAGAAUGAUCCUCAACAUAUUGACAUCAACUAUGCAUUAUUUAAAGAUAACCGUGGGAUAUAUGAUGCAAAGACAAAGCUGCACUAUGACAACAUGUUCGAAGCUCAGGUCGAUGCAGCCUAUGCCGCGUUGGAUAAAGCCGGUUUCAGCAAGAUGGAAGUCAUUGUUUCCGAAACAGGGUGGGCGUCUCGUGGCGAUCCGGAUGAAGCCGGUGCGACGGUGAAGAAUGCCAAGACUUAUAAUAAGAACCUGAGGAAACGUUUGGCUAAGAAGAAGGGGACGCCGUUUAGGCCGCAUAUGGUGGUCAGGGCUUAUGUUUUUGCGUUGUUCAAUGAAAAUUCGAAGCCGGGGCCGACGUCGGAGAGGAACUUCGGAUUGUUCAAGCCCGAUGGAAGCAUUGCGUAUGACAUUGGAUUCACUGGACUCGAGCCUUCUGCAGCAGCAGCCUCCCUUCUCUCUUUUAAGGAUAUUGCAGCUCAGGGUUGGUUAAGAUCGUCUUACUUGUUUGUUUCUACGGCUUCAGUUGUUGUUUUAUUACAAUGUUUGGGGUUGUAA